UCUCCCAGCUCUUCUCUCUCUCUCUCCCUCACUCUCCGUCUGUAGAAACGCAGUGCAUUAAAAUGUUACAAGACUCGGCCCCGGGUACAUCAAUUAAAACAACAGUGGCUAUGGCACAGCGCGCGAGAUGAAUUUCAUGUUGUAAUGGGGGUAUUCCUAAGAAGAAACGGCAACGGUGGCUUGUUAGCUCGUCUCAAAGCCCUGGUUAACUUGCAGAGAUUUAAACAUACGUCAGCCGAAGAAGGUUCGCAAGCCCAAUUAUACGUGGAUAUGGGUUCUUCAUCUAUAGCCAAUGGAGGCCAUAUUGAUAAGUCGAAAUGGACAAAGUUCGAUUCCAGAAUAUUUGGGAUAAGCCGUUCAAUAAUCCCGCAAGCCUCAUGGGUUGUGUUGAAAAUUCUUAGGAGUCAAGGGUUUCAAGCCUAUCUAGUGGGAGGCUGUGUUAGAGAUUUGCUCCUAAAUAAGACGCCAAAAGAUUUUGAUGUGAUUACCACAGCUAAACUUAAGCAGAUCAAGAAACAGUUUCACCGUGCUGAGAUCAUUGGACGGCGAUUUCCUAUAUGCAAGGUGCAUAUCAAAGGGUCUGUAAUUGAGGUUUCCAGUUUUGAUACAGUGGCAGAACGUGCUGGAGAAAAGGAAAAUGUUUUUUCCUUGAAAGUUCCAAAAGGCUGUGAGGAGAAAGACUUCAUACGCUGGAGAAACUCCAUAUGUAGAGACUUCACUAUCAAUGCCUUGUUCUUUGACCCUUUUGCCAACACAAUAUAUGAUUACGCUAAUGGAAUGGUGGACUUAAGAUCCCUAAAGCUGCGAACAUUGAUCCCUGCUCAAUUGUCAUUCAAAGAGGAUUGUGCAAGAAUUUUGCGGGGCUUAAGAAUUGCAGCUCGUUUGGGCUUAUCAUUAUCAAAGGAGACAGACACUGCAAUUCGUAACCUCUCAUCAUCUGUUCAGAGUUUAGACAAGGGCAGGAUAGGGAUGGAGUUGAACUAUAUGCUGUCUUAUGGAGCUGCCGCACCUUCUCUCUGCUUGCUUCAGAGAUAUAACCUACUUGAAAUGCUACUUCCAUUUCAUGCAGCAUAUCUUCAAGAGGCCAAGCACAAUGCCAAGAGUUCCACUAUGUUGAUGAAAUUAUUCUUCUAUUUGGAUAAAGUGGUUACUUGUGAUCGACCUUCUGAUUGCAGUCUAUGGAUGGGACUGUUGGCUUUCAACCAGGCAUUAGUAAAUAACCCUCAAGAGGCUCUUGUGAUUUUAACAUUUGCUUCUGUUUUGUACCAUGGAAGCUGGAAGGAAGGUGUUAAAUUUGCCAAAACAAAUGCCCGAAUGCAAGUUAAUUUUGCACCUGAGAUCUUGGGUUCUUCUGAUAUUAAAGCAGAUGAAGAACUUGCUGAAGCCGUUGCUCAGUUAGCAUCUUUAGUGCAGGAUUCCAUAGUUGCUUUGACUGAGACAGAAAGUCUUUUCAAAUCAAUGUCCAGAUUCCCAGUUUCUAAGUGCUCUGGUUUUGUAUUUAUUUCAAAGAAGAUGGGGAAAGAUGUCGCUGAAAUUUUCAAUGUACUCUUAAAUGAUAUUAAAUCAUACAAUUCUGGAAGAAAGAGUUUUGAGAUUGACUAUCAUUUGCUUGGGAGGGUUCUGAAUGAGACAAGAUUUGUUCUUGGCAAGAUUAUAUUGGAAACCAUGAGUGAAGUUGUUAAAGGAGGAAUGGAAGUUGUCAAGGUGGAGGAAACUCAUCUGCAGCCAGACUUCACCCAGGAGAAUUAUGGUCUUGCACUUUUUGAUUUCGUGAAGCCACGAGUUGUGAAGGAUAGAAAUCAUAAACGUGGCCUGUCAGAAUCUAGUCUUGAACCACAGCACGGGAAGGUGAAGAAACAAAAGUUGGUAAAGAAGAAAAGCAGUAGUCUCUCCAAACAGGAGGUAGAUGAUAUGGUGAAGUGCCUGGAGGUGGGUGAGAAGCAUCAGACAGUAAUCAAGACGGGUCAAUUGCCUCAGGUAGAAGCAAAUAUGACACAGGGAAUCAUGGUAGAGAGGGAAAAUUGUCAAUUGCCAGAGCAGGAGGUUACAAAGGAAAUGCAAGAGGAUGUGGAGAAUAUUGAGAAGGAUAAGAGACAUUCGAAGGUGGUGGAGAAGAUGCUAUCUCUGGAUAAGGUAACUAAGAAGGAUAAAGUACUUGGCAGUCGUAAUUUAAGUCGGGAGGCAAAAACAAAGAAGUUAGAGAAGGAAGGAUUGCCUUUACUAUCAAGCUUGUUCAAGUAAAUUUGUCAAUGUAUGUUGUAAAACAUGUGCCAUGCAAUAAGAACGCCAUCACCAGCAAAUGGAAUUGGCGGGUAUCCCUUCUCCCCUCA